CUAGUGCUUGUCACCGGCUGGAGGUUCCGUCCCCAAGCAGAAUGGCGGAGGCUACGGUACUAGCGUGGGUUCGCGGCCCCGGAACCGGGUGCAAGGCGCUGCCGUGUGCCUCGGGCAGGUGCUCCGUGCGCGAUGUUAUCUACCGACACUGCCAGGAACAGGCAAUUCCUGUGGACUGCUUCUUUGUAAAAUGUAAUGGAGUCCUCGUUGCUGCCAGGGACACGGUGCAGCAUGGAGCUGUGUACAGUUUGGAGCCCAGGCUUUGUGGGGGGAAAGGAGGUUUUGGGUCUAUGCUUCGAGCACUUGGUGCUCAGAUAGAGAAGACGACCAAUCGAGAAGCCUGCCGGGAUCUCAGUGGGAGGAGAUUACGAGAUGUCAAUCAUGAGAAAGCGAUGGCUGAGUGGGUAAAACAGCAAGCCGAGCGAGAGGCUGAAAAGGAGCAAAAGCGCCUGGAGAGACUGCAGCGAAAACUUGCAGAGCCUAAGCACUGCUUCACCAACCCCGAUUACCAGAGGCAGUGUCAUGAAAUGGCUGAGCGUUUGGAGGAUUCCGUCCUCAAAGGUAUGCAGGCUGCCUCCAGCAAGAUGGUGUCAGCAGGAAACAGUGAGACUCGGAAACGGCCUAACAAAUCAAAGACAGACCGGGAAGCUGGAGCAAAGAAAAGGAAAUGCUUUUGGUUGGGCAUGGAAGGACUGGAGGCUGCUGAGGGCUCCGGUGUCGGAAGCUCAGAUGAUGACAGUGAUGAAGGCCCUGGUACUUCGGGGCUGAGCUGCUGUGCUCCAGAAGAUGAUAGUGAUGGUGUUGAGGUGGCAGCUGACUGUCCUUGUAGCUCUCAGAGCUCUGGGUUGAGCACACACUCUAAGUCUCCAGGAAAGCUUCAGAAAACCAUGCCUGACCCUGACCCUGGGAAGGACAUUUUGGAGAACACACAAACUGAGCUGGGAAAGACAUCUGCCAGGGAGCACAGCGAAAGGAAGAUGGACACAGAAGCAGAAGAGACCACAGCAAAGGAAACAGAGGGCCUCAAACCCACACAGAAGGACCAAGAGACAGGAGUGCCUGGUGGGGACAGAGCUGCCGUGGCUCUAUCUGGAGAAAAUGGGAAAAGUGUCUCUAUUGCUAACCUGGAAGGAAGCCACUCAGGAGACACAGCUCUCGGUCGGGAAGCUGUGGAUCUGUUAGCAUUCAGCUCUGCUGCAGAGUUGGAGUCGCUGGGUUUGGAGAAGCUCAAGUGUGAACUGAUGGCCCUUGGACUGAAGUGCGGGGGCACCCUGCAGGAGCGGGCGGCCAGACUCUUCUCUGUUAGGGGCCUGGCAAAGGAGCACAUUGACCCAGCUCUGUUUGCCAAGCCUUCAAAAGGGAAGAAGAAAUGAAUUUCUUCAGAGCUCUCAUGUUUUUGACACUUCCUCUGGCUUAUGUGGACUUAUGACCAAUGUUCCUGUUGAUACUAAAAAGCAGUUU